AUGAUACUCUUCGGUGGGAAUCACCUAUACGUUUUCAAUAAUCCAAUAAAAAGUGGUGCUCGUACGCAUAACACCUAUGAGGCAGCUCAGAAGGAGAUCGCACAAGGAGCAGGUAUCGCAAUCAUCAAUGGAGGAAACAAGAGCAAAGCCGACCUUAUUCUGGAAGAGGAACUGAUCUCGAUAAUGUCGUUGGUUUACCGUGCGAAUGCGAUCGCUGUGGAGUUGAACAGAAACGUGAAAUUUGAAUUGGUACUAGUUUCACCAGAAAUGCGAGGCAUUCGUGAGGGACUCACUGAGGUACGUGAUCCAUUUUACGAAGCUCCGGAUUCGAAGACUUCUGAGAACGGCGAUAGUGUUCCUGCAGCCACUUGCUUAUGUUAUGAACUCAGAAGAAACGCAUCCGAUCGUCGAUGCUUUUGAGUUCUUCCAAGUACUACUUUUCAUGAUAAGGAGGCUACGAGCACGUCACUGCAGUCUGGAAGCAGUCCGUCGUUCUCGCACGGGCACGUCUUCACGUACAAGUCAAUCUCGCAAGAGUUAGUGGACUAUCUUCUGCACUCUAAUCUCUGUAUCACUUUGUGCGGAACUCAAAAAGCACGGUAUCUCAACCGUGCAGAAAACAAUGGAGAACAGUUAAAGGGAAUCGGGGAAAAGCAUCGGCCGAGAAAAAAUCGUCGCUUGAAAAAACCGAAUUCUCAGCAUCAAAACGUCACAUUAAACACCGAAACCCAAGAAAGAAGGUAA